GCGCAGUGCGAGCCUGGCGCUGGCUAACGCGGCUAUUGACAGUCAUAGGGCCGUGGUCCACGUGCGCUCCGGUUAGCUCGUGUGGCUAAUACUGCUGGCUCAAGCCGGAGCGGCAACGCGUAAGGCUUCAACCUCUUCAUUCCAGAAAUGUUUUAGGUAUGCUGCUUCUUCAUUUAUAAAUAUCAAAGUCCAUGCCGGGAGAGAGUACAAUGGCAUUUCAUGGCUUCCACUGGAGCUGAGGACUUGAGAAAGGGGGCAUUACAGCCAACCCUUGUUGUCCAAGCAAAAUCUGCAACUGUGCAUCUUUCCAACACUCGUGUGUCUUCUGCUCACGUAGAAAAGAAAUGGCAUCAUCCUUCAGCCUUCGGUGACUCUGUAACGCAGCCUCAUGUGAAAGUGGUGUGUGAGCAGCCCCAUCAUUUCUCAGGGAUAUCCUCACCGCGUGCCUCUCCGUCGUUGCCUGCGAGGGUUUUGCGUGCUCGUAGCACAGGUGCUCAUCAUUCUAGCAGCUGUUGUAGGGAUACAAGAGCUCACAGUGUAGUCUUAAAGAACUCGGUUCAUGUCAGCAGUCCCUCUACUGUAUGUCAAAGCACUUGCCAUCUGGACCCAAUUACACACGCAUAUCAGUCACACAGGCACCUGAACUCACUCAGGAUAAGAUCGAGGCUUUUAGGAAAAAGAGCUUUUGUACCUCCGCUCUCAAUUUAUCCCCUUUGUCCCUCUCCACCCAAGACAUCCAAUCACAAAGCGUCUGCGAUAGUUGACAGGACCAUGCCUGCGAAUCAGUCUUGCCCGUGGUCAUCGGGUAAACUCGGAAGCAACAGCAAUGGGGUUAUGCAUUCUUCCACUGCCAAGGUGCCUACAAUUGCCAGGCUAGAGACAAAAGAUUUGAAGAAGGCUAGCGGUCUACUUUCUGGAAAGAAAGAAUGCAAAGCGGACAUAAUAAAGCACAGCCAAACAACAGUGCCUUUAGAGGAUAAAUACACAGAUGUGCCUCCAAACCAUGUUUCGCAGUUGUCUGAGUUUGACAAGAUAGUGGCUGAGGAUGCUAAAGAGAAUGAGCAUAUAGUGGAAUGUUGCAUGGGGCAUGGAGCCGGUGAAGCUUUUCAGAGAGUGAGGAAUGUCAGCUCUGAGGUAGAGUUCACUGCAGCAGUACGAAAGCUCACUAAAAACAUGGCACAUGUACGCAAUGGACCGCUAAAUGGUCUUAGUGGACCACUGACAGCCAAUUUUGAUUCUCAGCAUAACAGGAGAGAAGUAUACGCAAGUGCCAAUCCUGCAACACAAGCCUCAAGAGUUUGCCUUAUUAGCGGGAGUGAAGAGUUCAAAGUGGAUGAAGAUCCCCUUUGCCUAGAUGAAAAUUCUUAUAGUAUUGGAAUGUCUCAGGGCAGUGGAUGUGCCAUUCCAGAGGACAUUGAUCACACAGUGGUCCCUCCUCAGUCUCCCACUGUUUAUUCAGUAAUAAACCAGAUAUCUGCCAUACACCUUACAAAGGACUGCUGUCAGCACACUUCAGAAGAGGACCCAAGCCAGUGCCCUAUGACUCUGGAUGAGGGGAGUCAACCUGAUAUCAGAGGUCAGGUGAAUGUUGCUGUCUUGGAAGAUGGUGAGGAAGAGGAGCUUCCAGAUGAGAUGGAGAAUCUCUGCAGUGGCAAUAAUGAUGAUGGAUCAGAAUCCGAUGUCUCUUUAGCACCCUCUAUGGCAGCGUCCUCAAAUAUUGAGGAGCCCAUGAGCUGUGAGUUAGAGGAUGAUCGGGAGGUGAAGCCAGCACUGGUGCCCAGUCUGUUCCCCUUCAGGUCCCCUACAUUAUACUUUAGUACAGCCAAUGAGCAAGUGGAGUUGCUCCCUCUGGAGCAAAGGAGUCUUCUGAAAUGGAAAAUAAGUACAGUUACCCCUAACAUUGUCAAGCACACAAUCACUAGAUCCCAUUUCAAAGUCACUAAGAAAAACCAUGACUGGUUGGGCUGCUGGGGGCAUCAUAUGAAGUCACCUGGGUUCAAGGCCAUACGAGAGUACCAGAAGCUCAAUCAUUUUCCAGGUUCCUUUCAGAUCGGACGGAAAGACCGUCUGUGGCGAAAUCUUUCCAAGAUGCAGACACGGUUUGGCAAGCGGGAGUUUGGCUUCUUUCCACGUUCCUUCGUGCUCCCGCAGGACAUGAAACUGCUGAAGAAGGUUUGGGAGGAAGGAGGGAGCCGGCAAAAAUGGAUCAUCAAACCGCCUGCUUCAGCCCGAGGAAUGGGUAUUCAGGUUAUUCACAAGUGGAGUCAAAUGCCACGCAAGAGACCUCUCCUUGUGCAGAAAUAUCUUCACAAGCCCUACCUCAUUAGUGGAAAUAAAUUUGAUCUCCGUAUCUAUGUGUACGUGACUUCUUAUGACCCACUCCGUGUUUACAUUUUCAACGAUGGACUCGUUCGCUUCGCAAGCUGCAAAUAUUCCUCAUCAAUGAAAAGUCUCGGCAACAAAUUCAUGCACUUGACAAACUACAGUGUGAACAAGAAGAACUCUGAGUAUCAGACUAACAGCGAUGACAAGGCCUGCCAGGGCCAUAAAUGGGCACUAAAGGCACUUUGGCAAUAUCUGGACUCAAAAGGAAUUAACACAACGCUUAUCUGGGAGAAGAUUAAAGACAUGGUUAUUAAAACCAUCAUUGCGUCAGAUCCAUAUGUAAACACACUGGUGAAGAUGCAUGUGCGCUCCUCAUAUAGCUGUCACGAGCUGUUUGGUUUUGACAUCAUGCUGGAUGAGAACCUGAAACCGUGGGUCCUGGAAGUCAACAUCUCUCCUAGCUUGCACUCCAACAGCGCGUUGGAUGUGAGUAUUAAGGGACAAAUGAUCCGUGAUGUGCUGAACCUAGCUGGUUUUAUGCUGCCCAAGAAAGAAGACGUUCUUGUCUCCAGCAAUAAUGGUUGCACCUCCAGCAGCAGUGGCAGCAUCUCCAAGAGCAGUUUGUAUGAAGGAGCACGAGUGAGAUCGAGAUCAGACCUGUCCCCUGAUGAGAAACUGAAAAGAGCUUUCUAUCUCACCCAGAGAUUUGGGGACCAGGAUUUCUCCUCCACAAUUUUGGAAGUGUUAACCCCUGAAGAUGUGCGUGUUCUGGCUGAUAGUGAGGAUGAGCACAGUCGUAUGGGAGACUUUGAACGCAUCUUCCCUUCCUCUGCCUCCUCCCGCUACCUCCGUUUCUUUGAACAGCCUCGCUACCUCAACUUACUUCUUAACCAGUGGGAACAAAAAUACAAUCAAAAUCGGAGCAAAGGUAUCGAACUGCUGAGAAGUCUCUGUCAGAAAAGAGUACACUUGGGGAACCUUGCUGACUCUGUGCAUCAUUGGUCAUCUAAAUCCAAACAUGGACACCGUUCAGACCUCCAGAGCACCACCAUUGCCAAGAUUACCAAAUCAAGUGCAACACGGAGUCAGAAUACAAGUUCCCUGAUGGAUGAAGAUGAAGGUGACGAUGAGUGGUCUGAUCAUGAUAUUCAGUCUGUGACGUCCAGUAUUCCAGAUAUGUCUCUGAUGGGAUCAGUGAGCCCAAAGUGAAGUGUGGCCAACACCAGUCCACAUGGCCACAUCUACCUGUGAGACAAGUCAUGUACUCUUAAACAAUGGAACAUACAGGGCUUCCAAACAACGCACAAAAACAUGAAGACUUGCACAUUUCUAAGAGUUUGGUAGAAAGAGUUGGGUUUUUUUGCCAUAUCUGAAGUUACUAGGAACAAGCUCUUUAUUUUUACAUACUUCUCUCCCUUCAGUUUGUUACACAAAGUUUUUGCUCCCUUAGGAAAUUUUAGGGACUUGCCUAACUGAUUACUUUUAAUCACAAAUAUUUCACCAUUUCCAAGACUAAAGGUACUCAUUUUAAGAAUGGGCUGGUAGACAUGUUUGAAGCACAACAAUAUCUAUGCGCAUAUGCUCUAGUUGUGUAUGCGAGCUUUUCGUCUGUUGAAAGGAGCUGCUCUGGAGUCGUGCCUGAGUGCAUGAGCCAAUCUGAUUCUUUUCUUGGUUUGUUUACAUUUUGGAAAGGCCCACCACUGAGGGUCAGUACUACUUACAACUGACAAGAAUUUUGGAAAAUAAAAUUGUUAACUGUGACAACAUUAAUAAUACUUAUUAAUUUAUAAAGUAACGUCUUUCAUUUUAUCCUUAGUAAAUAAAUAUCUAGUGUAUGAUUUUCACAUUAAAGUUAUUUGAAAUAAAUAAAA